AUCUCCUUCCACCAGGAGUCUGCAAUCUCCUCAACCCAGCUGCUAUCUACGCUAACAACGAGAUCAGCCUGGGAGAUGUGGAGAUAUAUGGCUUUGACUACGAUUACACCUUAGCACAGUAUUCUAAUUUACUACACUCCAUGAUUUUCAACACUGCCAGAGACAUCCUAAUAGAACAAUUCAAGUAUCCAGAAGGGCUUGGGAAGUAUGACUACAUUCCAGGGUUUGCCAUACGUGGACUUCACUAUGAUGUACAAAAGAGUCUACUGAUGAAGAUCGAUGCUUUCCAUUAUGUCCAGCUGGGGACAGCAUACAGAGGGCUCAAACCGGUGCCUGAUGAAGAGGUAAUCGAACUCUACGGCGGUACGCAGCACAUCCCCCUGUACCAGAUGAGUGACUUCUAUGGCAAGGGUCCAUCACUUAAGCAGUUUAUGGACAUUUUUUCUCUUCCUGAAAUGACACUGCUCUCUUCAGUCAUUGAUUACUUCAUAACCCAUGGCAUUGAGUUUGACCAGGUGCAUCUCUACAAGGAUAUCUCUGAUGCAAUCAGAGAUGUACAUGUGAAAGGAGUGAUGUACAAAUGGAUUGAAAAAGAUCUGGAACAGUAUAUUCUGCAUGGGGAUGAAAUCUAUGCUGUGCUAAACCGGCUGGUGAACCACAAGAAGAAAUUGUUCCUCAUCACAAACAGUCCCUUUAGCUUUGUGGACAAAGGAAUGAAACACAUGGUUGGCAAGAACUGGCGGGACCUAUUCGACAUGGUCAUCGUGCAAGCUGACAAGCCCAACUUCUUCACCGACCGGAGGAAACCUUUUAGAAAACUGGAUGAUAAAGGCUCACUGCAGUGGGACAAAAUAAACCAGCUGGAGAAAGGAAAGAUCUACAAAGAGGGUAACCUCUUUGAUUUCCUGAGGCUGACGGGCUGGCGUGGGUCCAAAGUGCUCUACUUUGGUGACCAUCUGUACAGUGACCUUGCGGACCUCAUGCUGCGUCAUGGCUGGAGGACUGGAGCCAUCGUUCCUGAACUGGAGACGGAGAUCCGGAUCAUAAACACCGAGCAGUACAUGCACUCCCUGACCUGGCAGCAGGCUCUGACAGGGCUGCUGGAGAGAAUGCAGAUGUAUCAGGAUGCAGAGUCAAAGCAAGUAUUGCUGGAGUGGAUGAAGGAACGGCAGGAGAUCAG